CACAGUAGGUGGCGGAAUGCACAUUACAUUGUGCGAUCGCCAAUAUACCAUAGAAGAAGAUCUUCGUCAUAUCCUCUUAUCUUUCGUUGCCGCAUGUUUCCUCUGAUAUUUGUGGAUCAGGUAGAAAUAUGAACCAAGAAAAAUUAGCAAAACUUCAAGCCCAGGUCCGGAUAGGAGGAAAGGGCUCUGCACGUAGGAAGAAGAAGGUCGUACACAGGACGGCAACAGCCGAUGACAAAAAACUUCAGAGUUCGUUAAAGAAAUUAGCUGUCAACAACAUUGCUGGUAUUGAGGAGGUAAACAUGAUCAAGGAUGAUGGCUCAGUGAUCCACUUCAACAACCCCAAAGUGCAGGCAUCUCUGUCUGCCAACACUUUCGCUAUCACCGGCCAUGCCGAGACCAAGCAGCUCACGGAGAUGCUGCCGGGCAUCCUCAGCCAGCUGGGCGCCGACAGCCUCACCAGCCUGCGCAAACUAGCAGAGCAGUUCCCUCGACAAGUGCUUGACAGCAAAACCCCUAAAGCAGAAGAUAUUGAAGAAGAAGACGACGAUGUCCCAGACCUGGUGGAGAAUUUUGACGAAGCAUCAAAGAAUGAGGCAAACUGAUUGAUCUUCCCCUUGAGACCCCAUACAAGGAUUGGAACUGCAUUUAAGAAACUAAGGCGACUUCUCUGAUGUUUUAACUUCUAGCUACGAAGACCUAUCAUUUCAAACACUAUCCCGUCAACCAGAGACUUGUGUAUUUUGAAAUGUCCCAAGGAUGCAGUCCUUAUCAGACUUGCUUGCUCACUUAAACUCUCAACACAUUGGUCAACGGUUCAGUACUUUUCACCACAUUGUUAGUCUCGGAACAGGAUUGCGGUGGUCGUUUUAAUUAAAGCUAGUCUUAAUAAUCAUUUUGUUUUUACGAAACAAAAUAAAGGUGAUUAACAUUU